AUGUUCCACCUGCUCUUGAGACAAUAUUCUGGCAUUAGAGAGCUGCAAGAAGCUAUGGGACAGACUUAUGUCUUGCAUGAGAGGAACAACCUGGAUGUGCAGGACUUCAUCAUUUACCUUAUCCAAAUACGAGAACUGCUUACUGUCCAAUUCGAGCACACCGAAGAAGCGAUUUUGAAGAGAGGAUUAUGGAAGUUGAUGAACAAUCGCAUCUUCUUCCAACAUCCUGAUCUUAUGCGAUUGCUGUCAGUUCAUGAAAAUGUGAUGUCCAUAAUGAUGAACAUUCUAACAGCUCAGCAAGGUGCUGUCGAACGUGAAGGCGAAGAACUCAAAGAGAAAACACCUGUCAAAGACUCUUCCGAAAUGGUCGUCGCUUGCUCGAGAUUCCUUUGCUACUUUUGCCGAACAUCACGGCAGAAUCAGAAAGCAAUGUUUGAGCAUCUCUCAUUCCUUCUGGACAAUGCCACUAUGCUUCUAGCUAGGCCAAGUCUGAGAGGCUCAGUUCCUCUCGAUGUCGCUUACUCAUCCUUCAUGGACAACAACGAGCUGGCUCUGGCGCUGAAAGAGGAAGAGCUGGACAAGGUCGCGGUAUAUUUGUCUAGAUGUGGGCUUCAACCCAACUCCGAGCUGACCGCUAAAGGUUACCCAGAUUUGGGAUGGGAUCCAGUCGAAGGAGAAAGAUACAUUGACUUCCUUCGCUUCUGCGUCUGGAUAAACGGCGAAAAUGUGGAAGAAAACGCUAAUUUGGUUAUUCGACUUCUGAUUAGACGACCGGAAUGCCUUGGUGUUGCGUUGAAAGGCGAGGGUCAGGGAUUGUUUGCCGCUUUUAAGGAAGCCAUCGCUCUCUCAGAGGAUAUCCGUCUUCUGGAGGAAGAGGGUGACAAUGCUACGAUGCUUAAAAGUGGAUUGCUAGGAGAAUCACCGUAA